UCGUCAUAUAAAUUUGGACUGAAAAUCUUGAUCAUUUCGAAGCAGAUAUGCCUGGCAAAGCUACUUGGUUCACACCUAUAGCAGUUCUUAAAAAUAGACAAGAAGCUUGGAAGAAGAUUGACGAUAAUGGAUGGAAAGCUGCACCGGUAGAUCUUGACAAGGAAAUAACGUUCUUCAACAAUAACUCUCAACAUCGUUCAUUGCCAGAGUACGAUCUAUAUUUCGCUUACACCAAAACCCUUCCUCUGUGGGAUGAAAGGAAAAACAGGGACAAUAGGCGCUUUUUACCUGAUAUACACGAGAAUAUCUUCCAGCAGGAGAAAGAUAAACCAGUUCCCGCCUUAUCAUCCAUGAAUUAUGGAAGACCCUGUAGAACGACCUAUGACAAGCCAGAGGGAACAUUCAGAAGGCAGAAUGCCACGUCAGAUUUCAAAAGAAGAAGAGGUGUGGCAUGUGUUAAAGAAAGACAAAAACCCGUAUGAAUAUUCAAAUGUUGUGAGAGAAUAAAUUUUCUUUACAAUCUGA